AUGCCGCUACGCGCCAAAAUCCUCCACCCGGCCAUGACGGGCAGUGUGGUGAAGAAGUUCGCCACCGCAUCGCCCGCCGCCGUCAAAGAGCAGCCCGGCGACGAGCCCAACGAUGUCCUCUUCAGCUCCAACCAGGGCGUGCGCACCAUCACCCUCAACCGCCCCAAGAAGCUCAACUCCCUCGAUGGCAGCAUGUGCAGGAAGAUCAUCCCGAGACUACAAGAGUGGAGCAAGAGCCAGAUGGCCAAUGUCGUCGUCAUCAAGGGAGAAGGCCGCGCCUUCUGCGCCGGUGGUGAUGUGUCGUCGCUGGCGGCCAAUAACAAGAAGGGCGCCGAGGGUCAGCAAGUCAGCAAGGACUUCUUCAAGCUCGAAUACGGCCUCGACCACAUGAUUGCCACGUACGGCAAGCCGUACGUCGCCUUCCUCGACGGCAUCACCAUGGGCGGCGGCGUGGGCCUUAGCAUCAACGCCCCCUUCCGCAUUGCGACGGAGAACACGGUAUUCGCCAUGCCCGAGACCACCAUUGGCUUCUUCCCGGAUGUCGGCGCCUCCUUCUUCCUCCCUCGUAUGGAUGGAGAGCUGGGCAUGUACCUCGCCUUGACCAGCGAGCAGCUCAAGGGCGUCAACGUCUUCUACGCCGGCGUCGCCACCCACUACCUCCACUCCUCCUCUCUUCCCGACCUCGAGGCCCGCUUGGCCGAGCUCGAGUUCAAGGACUACGACUCCGCAGAACAUCGGGUGCGCGUUGUCAACGACACCAUCGAAGAGUUCUGCACCGGCUUGCCCCAUGACCAACCCAUCAGCGCACCCGUGGCCGGCAACGUGCGGAAAGCCAUCGACUACUGCUUCCACAGCAACCGCCAAGACGUCGACGCCUGUCUCAAAGAGGUCGCAUCCUUCAGCGAAAUGAACCCGGAAGAGCCGGGCGCAGAGGAGAUCAGCAAAUGGGCGCAGAAGACGCUCAAAACCAUCAAGCAGCGCUCGCCGACCUCCGUCAAAGUCACGUACCGCCAACUGCGCAACUCGAAGCAAUGGAGCAUCGCCGAGACAUUCGUGCGGGAACACGGCAUGGCGUCACGCUUCAUGGAACAUCCGGACUUCGUCGAGGGCGUCACGGCGCUGCUGGUGGACAAGCCGAAGCGCACGCCCAACUGGUCGCCCAACGAACUGAACGAGGUCACCGAAGCCACCGUCGACGAGUUCUUCCCGAGUCCGGACAAGAUCGCCAUGGAGUUGAUGGUGUCCGGCAAGGGAGCGGACUACGCCGAACCGCCCUACGCGCAUUUCCUCGGCCUGCCCACGGAGAAGGAAAUCGAGGGCGCGAUUCAGCACCAGGGCAUGACGAGCAAGGAGCAGGUGGUGGAGGCGUUCGUGUCGAAGUUCAACGGCAAGCAGGGCGUGGCGGAGAAAGUGAACGAGGUGCUGGAACGGCGGACGAAGGAGGAGGGCGGCAGGCUGGUGGUUGACGCGGCGUGA